CAAGACUGUACAAGUGCGUCGUGUUUGCAGUUGCAGUUGCGCACGUGUGCGUGCGCUGUAUCUAAUCAAUGGCUAAAAUGGCAGGAAUACCCGGUGUUGUAAAACCUAAAACACAGAGAGGAAAACGUUUCCUCGAAAAUCGUGGUUCAAAGCUAGUUGAGAACACGAAAAGUGUCAUAUUCAUCCGAGGGUCCAAUGCCAACAACACGGUGCUGAAAGCCAUGAAAAACUUAUGUUCUCUAAAAAGGCCUCAUUCAGUAUUCUUUAACAAGAAAAAUGAAAUGAAGCCAUUCGAAGAUCAGACAGCGCUUGAAUUCAUGACACAGAAGAACGAUGCCUCGCAUUUUGUGCUCGGAACACACUCCAAAAAACGGCCAAACAACUUGGUUAUCGGCCGGACAUACGAUGGACACCUUCUGGAUAUGUUUGAGCUCGGAAUGGAAGAUUUUAAAGCCCUUGAGGACUUCAAGAUCCCAAAGAUUCCUGUGGGCACAAAGCCCAUGCUGCUUUUCGCUGGUGAACAGUUUGAACAAAACAAGGAGCUUGAGCGAUUGAAGAACUUUUUCAUAGAUUUCUUCCGAGGUGAAACAGCAGAGGCUAUCAGUCUACAAGGACUUGAGCAUGUUAUUAUGUUCACUGCAGCUGAUAACAAGAUAACAUUGAGAAGCUACAAGGUGUUGUUGAAGAAAUCUGGAACCAAGACGCCACGUGUGGAACUGGAAGAAAUCGGCCCCCAUGCAGACUUAACCCUCAGAAGAGCCAAGAUUGCAUCUGAGGAUUUGUUCAAGACUGCACGAAAACAGCCCAAGCAGAACAAGGUCAAGAAGAAGAAGAACAUUGAGAAGACUGCCCUGGGGGCCACGAUGGGACGUAUUCACAUGGAAAAGCAAGACUUCAACAAAUUGCAGACAAGGAAGCUCAAAGGCCUCAAGAAGACACCGGAAGAAAAGAAGGCCGCCAGGGCUGCCAAGAAAGCCGCAGCAAGGGCUGCUGCCACGAGUGAAGAUACACCAAUGGACGUCGAUGCAUGAAAUGUGUCUCCAGCUUGUUGGAUGUAAAUACACAC